CGCCAACGCCCACACCUGCAUGCAUCAUGUGAUUGAGAUGACAGGACAGGCAACAAGGCGCAGCACGCGCAGCGGGCCCUGCUUGCCCGACUGAGUGCUACAGCCGCCGUCCCACAAAGUUCUGACAGGCUGCCGCGCCCACUUCACCUGGGCGAUGGUCGCUGCGUCUGCAAUUGAACAUGAAUACAGCGCACGACGACACCAACGCCAGCGGGCUCAGGUUCUGGUCUGGCGCGCCGACGUCUGAUGCUCCCCAUGACGUCGACAUCGUAGCCGUGCAGGGACUAGGCGCACAUUGGUUCUACACCUGGGUCAGGAAGGUCGUGGUUCAAGACACAAAGCAGAAGACGAAGGAAAGAAGUGGGUUGAGGAAGCUCAGCAGCAGCAGGCUGUUUGGGAGGAAGAGCAAAGCGCUAGGCAGCAAUGGAGAAUGCGAGACGAGGGAGGUGAUGUGGCCGCGGGACCUCCUGGUGCCAGCGUUCAGCAACGCGCGGGUCGCCACGUACAGCUACGGAUCAGACUGGAAAGAUCGGCAGGUGAACACAAGCCUGCGGGAGUGUGGGCAGCAGCUGCUGGAGGUGCUGCUCCAGCAUCGGCAGAGCGCGAGUGAACGACAGAGGCCGCUCAUCUUGAUCGGCCACAGCCUUGGAGGCCUUGUCAUUCAGCAGGCGCUCACUAUCGCUGUCCAUGGACCUCGCUACACCGACUUUCGUCUCUCAGUCGCGGGUAUCGUCUUUCUGGGCACCCCGUUCCAGGGCAGCGGGGAGGCAGCAUACGCGCAAUGGCUGGCGGAGCUCGUCCGGCUCCAGGAGGCCGAGGGCCACAGGUACACGCUGCUGAAGACGCUGCAGAAAGACAGCCCGGGUCUGCACGCCCUGUCGAUCGACUUCUGGCGAAGCUAUAGCGAGUAUGACAUGACGUGCUUCUACGAGAACAAGGAAGCCGACUACGGGCUUGUAAGCACACAGAUUGUGAGCACGCAGUCCGCUAUGCUCGUCGGGCAGAAGCUGAUGUACAUGGACGCCGACCACUCUGGGCUGAACAAGUUCAGUGGCGUGGACGACAAGAACUUCAUGCUGCUCCUGCCCGAGCUGCGCAAGAUGGUCGAGAACAGUGGCUCUGUAGUAGCAGAUCGGUACCGCAGCAAAGACGCUAGGUCAGCCGGCAACGUGCACUGGAUUGUGCCGCGCACAGUCAACAGCCUGUUCACUGGGCGCCGCGAGGUCAUAGAGCGGAUGCAGAGCGCCCUGCGCGACAACAAUUCAAGUGCGUCAAAACAGAAGCGAGUAGUCAUCACUGGCAUAGGGGGCAUGGGCAAGAGCGAGAUGUGCCUCAAGGUUGCAGACCUGAUGCGAGAAGACUUCUGGGGCGUGUUUUGGGUGGAUGUGGGCAGCCAGUCGACCGCUAAGAACGACUUCCUGGCAGUUGCGAAGGCGCUCGGAUCACCUGCGGAGAGCGUGGAGGAGGCGCUCCGAGCGCUCGCCAACACCAAGAAGCGCUGGCUGCUGGUCCUGGACAACGCCGACGAGGUUGACUUCGACUACGCACGAUACAUACCAUCUGGGGUGCAGGGGGCGAUCAUUGUGACGUCGCGCAACCCGCAGUGCAGCCGGUACAGCACCGGGCCUGCAGAAGCGCUCGAGGGCUUGGACGCAGAGCACUCGACACAGCUUCUCCUCAAGGCUGCUCGAGUGCCGGAAGAGGCUUGGCGGUCGUGCAAGACGAAGGCGCAGGCGCAGGACGUUGUGCGUCUUCUGGGGUCGCACACGCUUGCGCUGAUCCAGGCUGGCGCGUAUGUAGCCGAAGGGUACUGUCAGAUGGCCGAGUAUCCCAAGAAGUAUCAGCAGCAUCGCAAGCGGCUGCUUGAGUACAAUCUGACGCAAGAGCAGUCGCGGUAUCGAGAUGUGUACGCUACAUUUGAGGCAUCCGCGGAUGCUCUCGAGCGUUCUAGCAAUCAAGAGGGACAGGAUGCAUUGGAUGUACUUUCGGUGCUAUGUAUGCUGCACUCGAGCGUGCUUCCGCUUGAAGUGUUCGAAGAUGCAUGGCGAGGGGCUCGCCGCGUGCUCGAAGAGUCGUCCGCUGAGAUGGAUGGGACAGAGAAAUCGGACAUGACAGAUGACCUCGGGCGAUGGCACGUUGCUCAGCUGCCUGAGUUCAUAGAUACAGCAGCGGACGAGCGGGACAGCUAUCGCCUCAAGAAAGCCAGCGCCCGCCUUGUGUCGCUGUCGUUGGUGACGCGGCAUGCGCUAGGCGACGGCAUUGGGGGUUUGUCGAUGCAUCCGCUGGCGCACGCGUGGGCGAAGGACCGGCUGGAGAGGGAGCGGCAGCGGCAGGCAUGGGCGACUGCGGGAUGUGUGCUUGCAUUGUCGCGAGGGCAGACAAAGCUGUGGCAGGUGCGCGAGAGGGAGCUGCGGCCGCAUAUGCAGUCCUUUUUAUCGCCCAACGUACAGACGAUGCUCUCGUGUAGACCGCAGGAGGCGGUGCUGGCCGUCCUGCUGAACUGCGGCUGGGCGCUGAAUACGAUGAGAGAGGACGCCAGGCUUGAGCAGCUGCUGGGCGGCAUCUACCAGGCACUCGACAUAACCCCGUCAGAUCCGACAACGGAGCACGUGCCGAUAUGGGAGCUGGCGGCCAGGAACCUGGGGUACAUGGGUCACGCAAGGGAGGCAGUGAAGCUGCUGGAGCAUGUCGUGGAGGUGCAAGAGGCUACGCUGGACGAGCAUCACCCAGAUCGGCUGGCAUCGCAGCACGAGCUUGCCGGUGCAUACCGGGCCAAUGGGUAUAUCAAAGAUGCAGUGGAGCUGCUAGAGCACGUCGUCAAGGUCGAAGAGACUACGCUGGACGAGCAUCACCCGGAUCGGCUGGCAUCGCAGCACGCGCUUGCCGGUGCAUAUGGGGACAACGGGCAGACGAGAGAGGCAGUGGAGCUGCUAGAGCACGUCGUCAAGGUCCGCAACACUACGCUGGACGAGCAUCACCCGUCUCGGCUGGCAUCGCACCACGAGCUUGCCGGUGCAUACGGGGACAACGGGCAGACAAGAGAGGCAGUGGAGCUGCUGGAGCAUGUUGUCAAGGUCACGAGAGAGGCAGUGGAGCUGCUAGAGCACGUCGUCAAGGUCGAAGAGACUACGCUAGACGAGAGUCACCCGGAUCGGCUGGCAUCGCAGCACGCACUUGCCGGUGCAUACCGGGAUAACGGGCAGACAAGAGAGGCAGUGGAGCUGCUAGAGCACGUCGUUGAGGUCAAAAGAGCCACCAUGUCAGAGACCCAUCUGUCUCGAUUAGUGUCCGAGCGUGCCUUGUCGUACAUGCAGAGCAUCACAGAGUAGGGAAGCCAUGGCAUGUGUUUUCUGAUUUUGCGCCUAUCUGGUUGUGAAAGCAACACUGGCGGUGAAGUGUGGGGAGUCAGAGUGUAAGGAUGUAAGCUAGUCUAACUUAAGUACGGUAAACUUGAGCCUAAGAAGAGCAAAAGUAAAUCCUGAGGAAUGUCU